AUGAAGCGGAAGUUCAAAAAGGCAGUCACUCCUGCCGAGACUGUCCUCGGCUUCUCGUCCGAUGAGAGCGACGAUAAUUUGGAGGAAGACUCUGACGACACUCUUCGCCCGCAAUCUCCUGACCGCUUUGUCCGACAACAUGACGCGAACACGGAUGAUCAGAGCAGGCUUGAGUACGGUACUGCAAACAGCGCGGGAGGCUCGCAGAAUUUCAGCAAUGAUUCUGUUGAUAUCUCGCCUUCAAGAUCCGUCCAGGAUCGGCUGCGCAAGCGCCGCUCUGACCGAUACGCACCUAUUACUCGAGAGUCUACUGCCGGGCUUCACGAUGGGAUCAUUCACGACAAUAUCGAAUCCGUUGCCAACAGCAGCUACAAGUCUCCAACAGUUGAGGACACCUCCAGUGCAACGACUUGCCAGCCAGAUCACAGAGAGGCACUUUCAGAUGGCCAGACUUCGCAUGUAAAGCAGACCUCUGCUGCUAUCCCUCGCACUCCCAGCCCGCAGAUCAACCCUCUGCCACGCGUGGACGAUACGAAAGACAGUGCUAUUGGCGUCGGAUCGUCGUAUUGUUCAGACCAAAUCUCCCCGUCCAAGAGAGCCACCUUUAACGAGCGCGUGGAGGUUCGCACGUCCCCUACGUAUUGGCAACAUGAACACUCCGAGAACGAUGACAGCUACGCAAACUUCCGAUCUGAGCAGUACCACGAGGCUCUUGGGGACGGCAAGAAAGCUAUCCCACUCGAAGCUCCCUUGCGAGACCCGGACGGCUUCAGUGCCCGACGCGAUCAUCUUCAGCAUUAUAGCGUCGAUGAGGAAAGCUUCAACUCUUGGAGCGUCCCGACUGUCGGAUAUGACGGCUUUGCGGCAUCCAACACUUUCAACUGCAGUUCGUUGGCUGGCAAUGCUAGUUCAAUGCAAUCGCAUCCCAGUACUUUAUACACUGCCAAAGACUGUCACUCGACCGAUCGAUCGACCGGCAGCUGCGGCAACUUUUCAAGAUCCCAAGGCUCAGGUUCAACCUUCAACGACCGGACUUCAGACCCCAGAGACAGAUGGUCGCAACGAAGAGGCGAGAACAGCUCUCAGCGCAACCUUGGAAAGGAGAAUCAGCCUUGCUCCAUGAACUACUCGGGCUGCGAUGAUGCCUCCACGCUGUAUGAACACGUCGACGCCACUGAUGGCUUCCGAGAGCAUCGUGACACCAGCUGGUCUGACGACUACGAUGGAGCCUCCUACAUCAACCAUGCGGACAGCUCUCGCUUCUCAGAACCUUGUGGUGCCUGGGACUUUCAAUCAGCUCGUUCUGGUAACCGCCAGCCAGCCUCUUUCAACAGCAGCACUGAAGAGCCCCAGCGCGGCUUCCAAGAUCUGCCUCAGACUUCUGAUCAAAGUAGUGAAAGCGCUCCAUUCAACGUAUCAUACCAGCCAUCGUCCUGGAACGGUCAGGAUUCGAGCCAUCAUCACCCCGACUCCCGCAACAGACAACACGAUCACCAUCCGCAUUCUGCGAAUAAUAAUUGGAAUCAACACCGCCAAUCGUACGAAGGCCAAGCUCCUGGCAGAUCGAACCGUUUCUCUUCUGGUUCAAGCAGCCGCAAUACUCGUCAAGCACCUAACUACGUGCACGAGACUCCCUGCGACGCCGACAAUCCUUCUGAUUCCACCGCUACCGGCCACACGCAGUCUUCGUUGUACGAGCCGAAGCCCCCCCCUGUCGGCUUUGCCAUGGAGAUCCCUGACGACAUGUCUAAGAGCGAAGUCCAGACCAUGUUCAUCCCCGGCUAUGACGACUACGUCCCCUGGUGUAGCACCAGCUCAGUCUAA